CUGCUAUGUUCUUGUUUCCUCAGGUUCACCUAUUUCUGCAGUAGGAGCCCUUGCUGCUGAUGCAAUAGUAGACCCAGAAUUGCUCUUUUCUCUCCCAGGGUUCAUCCUAGCUCUCACUGGAAAUGGCAAAUUGGCUUACAUCUCUGAGAAUGUGUCCAAUUUCCUUGGUUUCUCUGUGGUAGAACUCUUAGCCCAUGGUGACUCCGUCUUUGAUCUUUUGAGCAGCACUGGAAGUGGGACCAUGAAGGAGAAGCUCUGCUUUGCUCAGCAGCAUCCAGGCACUGAAAUUGAGGUCAUCACUGAAAUGCGUACCUCAAGAGCCUUGCGGGCAAGAUACAGAGGGAGCUGUUGUGUGGCCUUGAGGGGAAGAUUUCUUUCACUUCACCCGGCAUUGACUUCCUCUUCUCCCAUUUUGACUUUUGUUGCUUUUUGCACACUGGUUGCGCAUUUGCCUGAAGAUGGAGAACAUACUUCUCAGAAGUUGUCAUUCCAGAGUCUGCACACACUGGAUAUGAAGAUUGCAGAGGUUACUGAAAGUGUUAUUUACCAUCUUGGUUAUCACAAAGAAGAACUGAUUAACCAGCCUUGGUACAGCCUCUUGCAUCCUGAAGAUGUCUGCAAUGCUGCAGAGUUACACAAGGCUCUGGUGUAUGAUGCUGAACAAUGCAAUCAGCCUGUUGUAGUCCGUAUGCUCUGCAAAGACCUGAGCUGGGCUUGGGUGCAAAUCAUGGCCUCGAGGGAGAAUGGACAAACAGGAGAACUGGUCACUUGCACCAACCAUAUGCUCAGUGAGGAAGAAGCCUUGCAUAUCCAGAGCCAAAAGUCACAGUCUGCAACUUUCCCCUCAGCUACUCUGAGACAGUGUACCAGAGAAACAGAACCACAGACACAGUCAAAUGCAAUUAGUGUUUUCCCUCAAGCGUCAAUGAUGCCCAGGAAUGGGACACUCCAGCAUAAUUGCUGCCAGAUUCUUGGUGCCUGCGCCAAGAAGAUGCUCCCAGCUCCCUCACAGCCUCCAUUUCCAACCACUUUUCCUAUCCCCAAUUCAGCCAUCACGCAGACCCCUCAAGAAACUAGAUUUUCUCUUUUCCCUGCUGACUGCCACAAGAAUCUCUCCUACACAGACAGAUCCAAGAGACUGCCCUCCUUGAGCCCUUGUACUCUCUGCUCCCUAGAAAGUACAUUUUCUCCUGCCAGCAGCCCGUCUGCAGACUUCUCUCCUGUACCCCCAUCAACAGAAAUGUUCCCAGCAAUGGAUACAGGCUCUAACCCAGACAGUGUGCUGGCUGAUCAAAUCCACUCCCUGGCUGAAAUCUUUUCUCAGUACACAAAGCAGAUACCCCUGGAGAUUCCUCCCAACAUUGCCCUGUGGCCUUCUCAGCCUCCUGAGAACUUUCAGACUAACACAGCUCUAGAUAUCACAGAAGAAUUCUCCAUGGAUGAAGAAAUCAUCACAACUAUCCUAAACAACCUCCUGGACAAUGGAAACUUGAACCUGUCCACUUCUGAGCUAGGAACAGCAAACAACUUCCACGUAUCAGACUCUGAAUCCCAACUUUCUUUACUCCAGACAUCCCUAACAGAAACAUCCCCUUGCAUCAACCCAUGCCUUUUCCUGCAGCCCUUGUCUUCCUCUGCAUCAACCGACUCCUGUGUGCCUGACUCUCAAUGGGAUGCAGGAUUUCAUACUACAUUUCACCAAGGUAAGAAGGGUUUGGACUAAAUUUCUAUGCUAUAAGGAGGGAUCCAAAAUCUAGGCCAGUU